GGGGGAGGGGAAGCUGCAGGAAGCAGCGGAUCCGGCGGCGGUGGCGGUGGCCCCGGUGGCCAAGCUCCUCCUGCCAUGGAGACCCCAGUGGUCCGCGAGGCCCAGGGAGCCGAGGCCCCGCGCCUGCCUGCGCCCCCGCCCUCGCCCGCGCCUGCGGAGCCCCCGGCCGAGUCCCCCACUCCCGCCACACCCCGCGCCCGCCCGCGCCUCGUCUUCCGCACGCAGCUGGCGCAUGGCAGCCCCACGGGCAAGAUCGAGGGCUUCACCAACGUCCGCGAGCUCUACUCCAAGAUCGCCGAGGCCUUCGGGAUCUCGCCCACAGAGAUCUUAUUCUGCACCCUAAACAGCCACAAAGUGGACAUGCAGAAACUCCUGGGCGGCCAGAUAGGGUUGGAGGAUUUUAUCUUUGCCCACGUGCGCGGUGAGACCAAGGAGGUGGAGGUCACUAAGACUGAGGAUGCCCUGGGACUGACCAUCACGGACAAUGGGGCUGGCUAUGCCUUCAUCAAGAGGAUCAAGGAGGGCAGCAUCAUCAACCGGAUCCAGGCAGUGUGCGUGGGCGACAGUAUCGAAGCCAUCAACGACCACUCCAUUGUUGGCUGCCGCCACUAUGAGGUGGCCAAGAUGCUCAGGGAGCUGCCCAAGUCACAGCCCUUCACCCUGCGCCUGGUGCAACCCAAGAGAGCCUUCGACAUGAUCGGCCAGAGGAGCCGGAGCAGCAAAUGCCCCAUGGAGGCAAAAGUCAGCAGCGGGAGGGAGACCCUGAGGCUUCGUUCGGGAGGGGCCGCCAUCGUGGAGGAAGUGCCCAGUGAAUUUGAGGAGGAAGCAACCCAGAGGGUGGAUGACCUGCUGGAGAGUUACAUGGGCAUUCGGGACCCAGAGCUGGGUAAGGGGCCAGGCGUCCACCAUGGUGGAGACAUCCAAGAAGACAGCGAGCGUCCAGGAGUUUGCACGCCAUUUAGACUCCGUCUUGGGCGAGUUCGCCUUCCCAGACGAGUUUGUGGUGGAGGUGUGGGCCGCCCUCGGCGAGGCCAGGGAGGCCUGUGGCUAGUCUGCCCUGGGGCCGAGCGCAGCCCCAGCCCAGAGCUCAGCCCCCUGCCCCAACCCUUCCAGCCAGUUCCUGAAGUCCAACCCUGCUCCCAAGGCCAGAAGCCCAGAUCUGAGACCCAGUCCUGCUCUAGAACCCAGGCCAGCUCCAAAAACCAGCCUCCUGCUAGAGCCCAGGCCAGCCCUGAGACUCAGCCCUGUUCUGGAACCCACACCUGUUUCGAGACCAUGUCCAGCUCUAAGACCCAGCCCUGCUCUAGAGCCCAGACCCCCUCUGAGGCCCAGUUCAUCACUAGAAUCCCAUCCAGGUCUGAGAUGGAACCCAGCUCCAGAAUGCAGCCCAGUUCCACAGCCCAGCUCUCCUCUAGAACCCAGGACUGCUCUGAGGCUAAGCUGAGCUCUGACAUGAAGUCAAGUUUUGGAACCCAGACAAGUUUUAAGGGCCAGCCCAGCUUUGAAAUCAAUCCUAGGUUGGAAAGCCAGGCCAGCUUUCUGACCGAGCCCUGCCAUAAAACUCGACCCGACUCCGGAAUGCAAGACAGCUCCACCACACAGCCGGAUCUGGACACCGGGUCUAGCUCGGGAACAUCAGUAAGUUCUGGUACCCAGGUGAGACUCAAGAAGCAACCCAGCUCCAGAAGCCACACCAGCUCAGGAUUCAGAGACGAUUCCCAAACCCAACCCUAUUCACAAACCCAGACCAGCUCAGGAACCCAGACGGAUGCUGCAGCCCAGGCCAGGUCCAGACCCCAGCCCUGCUCUAAAACUCAGUUGUGCUCAAGUACCCACUCCCAUCCCAGGGCCCAGUCCAGCCUCAGCGAUGAGUCCAGCUCGGAGACUGAGCCCAGCUCUAGAGCCCAGUCUAGUGAGACACGCAGGCCCAUCUCCAGAAUUCAGACAAGAUCUGGACCCCCAGCUACCUCUGGGGCGAGGCUUGAUGCUGAGCUGUACAUUUCCUGCAGAACACAGAGCAGCUCCAGAACGCCAUCCAGCUCUGGGACCCAGACAGAGUUCAAGUCCUGGCCGAUUUCCAGAGUUCAGUCCAGCUCAGGCACCUCACUCGGCUCCAGAACUCAGCUAAGUUCUAGAGCACAGCCUAGCUCUGAAAGCCCAUCCAGCUCCAAAGCCCAGUCACUUGUUGAGUUGAGUUCCAGAAUCCAGCUAAAGUCUGGAAUCCAGUCAAGUCCUGUGACCCAGACCAAUGAAGCAACAGACUUAAGCUCCAUGGAUCUGUUGAGCUCUGAGAGCAGACCCAGCUGCAGGCCUCAGCCCUGCCCAGGAACUCAAAAACUGUCUGGGACUCAGCUCAUCUCAGAAACCCUGCCAAGCUCUAGAUACCAACUCCAGGCCACAACCCAGGGAAGCUCUAGUAUUGAGUCAGAUUUUGGGAGGCAGACCAGCUCUGGCACUCAGCUCAUUUCUAAAGCACAGCCCAGCUCUGGGACUCAGACAAGUUCAAGAAUUCAGCCCAGCUCGCAAACCCAUCUCACAUCCAGAACCCAGCCUAUUUCUGGAACUCAAUCCAGCUCCAAAAUCCAGACUGAUUCUGGAACCCGUCUGAGCUCUGAGGCCCUGCCCAGCUCUGGGACUCAGAUCAGUGCAAGAAUUCAGCCCAGCUCUGGAGUCCACCUUAGUUCUAGAACCCAGCCUGUUUCUGGAACCCAACCCAGAUCCAGAAUCCAGGGCAGCUCCAGGAUUCACCUUAGCUCUGAGACUCAACCCAGCUUUGAAAACCAGACCAGUUCAAGAAUACCACCCAGCUCUGGAACCCAACUCAGCUCCAGAAUGCAGACAAGUUCUGGGACCCAGCUCAGCUCUGAGACACAGCCCAGAGGACAAAUGCAGCCCAACUCUGAAACUCAUCUCAGUUCCAGAACCCAGACUAUUUCUGGAACCCAAUCCAGCUCCAGAACCCAGACUGAGUCUGGAACCCAGCUCAACUCUGAGACUCAGCCCAGCUCUGGGACUCAGAUUAGUACAAGAAUUCAGCCCAGCUCUGGAGUCCACCUUAGUUCCAGAGCCCAGCCUGUUUCUGGAACCCAACCCAGAUCCAGAACCCAGACUGGUUCUGGAAGCCAGCCUAGCUCUGAGAUCCAGCCUAGCUGUGGAACAAAUUUAAGAGUUCAGCCCAGCUCUGGAGCCCAGCUCAGCUCCAGAACCCAGCCCAGCUCCAGGAUUCAGCUCAGCUCUGAGACUCGAGCUAGCUCUGAAACCCAGACCAGUUCAAGAACACAGCCCAGCUCUGGAACCCAACCCAGCUCCACAAUGCAGGCCACUUCUGGAACCCAGCCCCGCUCAGGGACGCAGACUGGUUCAAGGAUUCAGCCCAGCUCUGGAGCCCAGCUCAGCUCCAGAACACAGCCCAGCUCCAGAAUUCAGUUCCGUUUUGAGACUCACCCCAGCUCUGAAAUCCAGACCAAUUCAAAAACUCAGCCCAGCUCUGGAGUCUACUUUAGUUCCAGAACCCAGCCAGUUUCUGGAACCCAACCCAGCUCCAGAAAGCAAACCAGUUCUGGAACCCAGCUCUGCUCUGAGCCCCAGAACAGUGCAAGAACACAACCCAGCUCUGGAGUCCACCUUAGUAUCAGAACCAAAUCUGUUUCUGAAACUCAAUCUAGCUCUGGAAGCCAGACCAGCUCAAGAAUCCAGCUCAGCUCUAGAAAUGGACUCCACCCACAGACGCCUGGCCUUGACCCCCAAACCCGACCUGAUCCCACUCCCCCAGCUCUACUUCAAAACCCAAGCCCACAACCCAGGACCCCGACUCCAGGUCCUAGCAAAGUCUCUUGUCCUCAGCCCCAGCCCCAUGAUCUGGUACAAGGAACCCAGGUCGAUACUGGCCUGGGCCAAAGUCCAUCAACUUCCCACUUGACCCCACAGCCACAGCCCGCUUCAGCCCCCCAGAAACCAGCCCUUUCCCCCAAGCCGCAGCUGGGACCCCAGAAGUCCACCCCAUUCACCAAAUUUGUCAUCUCUAGUUCUGCCCCCAGGGCGUCCCUCCUGUGUUCCCAGCCCCCUCAACCCUUAGCUCAGGGGCCUGCCCCCUCCCCUGUGCCCAGGGAAUCAGGGCUGGCUCCUGGGGGGACGGAGCCCCUUUUCCACCAAGUGGGGCCAUAGCCCCCAUGACCCCCCUCCCCUCUCAUGCUCCUCCAUGCCAGAAACAGCAGGUGAACUCGCCCCCCACCAUCAGGGGGUGGGGGAAGGGUAGAAACGGGGGCUUUGGUUUCACUCAGGCCUGGCUCAGGAGGUGUAAGCAGAUCCCAGGUCUAUGGAGGGAAAGCAGGGCAGAGGGGGUGCAGUUUGCUCCUCAUGUACCUCGAGGGCUCCUGGGGAAUAAAGGCAUCUCCCACCCAU